AUGUCCAGCAAAUUUUUAGUAAUCUUAGUGGCUUCAAUUGCACUAUGGACAGUUGCAAAAACACUGGUCAUCAAAGAUCAAGAGCUAAUUACCGACUUUGAUCAAUCAACUGCUGGUUUAUUGAAUACUGUACCAAGCAAUAAUAAUGAUACUUCAUCCUCGUCAGCUAUUGCAGCAGAAGAAAGUGAAAAUUUGCCUGUGCAAGUCAUUGAAGAAGAAAAAAAUGAGACAUCAAUUACUAAGAAUGAUGAUAGUGAGUUGAACACAGCAAAUGAUGAAGAACAGUUGUCAACGUCGACAUACGUUAAUAAAAUGAUCGAAUCACCGACAGACUCUGACAAGGAUGUUGAAGUCGUCAAUGCAACGACGGAACGUGAAGAAAAGGAAAUCAAACAGGAAGAAGAGCAAAAAGCAUGCACUGCUGGAGAUGAAGAUAAAUUCAAAUCAUCUACUGAUAAACUUUUCCGAGAGGAGAAAGUAGACGCCGAAGAGCAUGACGAAUCAAAAAUAAAUGGCGAUGGCCAUAACAAUGUUGAUUAG